AUUUAUUAUCAUCAUCAGAAAGAAGAUAUUGGAUGAAGAAUUGGCUGCGUGGAAGAGAAUCAAGAUCUCAUAUGACGUUAGUACGUGAACUGAGGCAAUCGCAUCAGGAAGAUCUAUUUAAUUACUUGCGAAUGUCUUCAGAGACCUUUAACAUGUUAUUGACCAUGGUUAAACCAUACAUCAGUAAAAUGAAUACAAAAAUGCGUCAGUCUAUAAACGCAGAAGAGAGAUUAAUAGCAACCUUACGGUUUUUGGCAACAGGACAAAGCUUUGAGGAUUUAAAAUUUCCUACAAGAAUUUCACCUCAAUCCCUGGGUGUAAUUAUCCCGGAAACAUCGAAAUAUAUUUGUUUAGUGCUAAAGGAUUGUAUAAAGUUACCAUCGUCUAUCGAAGAAUGGCAAGAGAUUGCAAGAGGUUAUGAAAGUCGAUGGCAUUUUCCUAAUUGUGGAGGUGCUAUUGAUGGUAAGCACAUCAGAAUUCGAAAACCAGUAAACAGUGGAUCUUACUAUUAUAACUACAAACAUUAUUUUAGUAUUGUGUUGAUGGCAAUUGUAAAUGCAGAUUACGAAUUUCUAUAUGUUGAUAUCGGCUGUAAUGGAAGAGUAUCAGAUGGAGGCGUUAUUGAAUAUACUAGUUUUUAUAACAAGUUGCAAAACGAGCAAUUGAAUUUACCACCUAACAAUAUGAAUAAAAACAAUAUGAACUUUGUAUUUGUAGCCGAUGAUGCUUUUGCAUUACAUGAAAAUGUUAUUAAACCCUACCCACAAAGAAAUUUAACUCGUGAAGAGCGCAUUUUUAACUACCGCUUGUGUAGAGCUCGACGCACAGUAGAAAAUGCUUUUGGCAUAUUAUCUAGCCGAUUUAGAGUUUUACAUACAGAAAUCAAUAUGAAACCAGAAAAAAUUGAUUACAUAGUUUUAGCUUUAUGUUGCCUGCACAAUUUGUUAAAGAAAAAAGAAAGAGCCGGUUACCUACCUACUCAAGCACUGGUUACUGAAGAUUUAGAUUUUGGUAGGGUUGUACAUGGAGAUUUAAGCGAAGUUAAUCCCCUGACCAGUUUACAACAGGGGCACAGCAGAAAUGUAUGUGAAAACGCAAAAUUAAAUCGUGACAAAUACAAAGAAUAUUUUAUGCAUGACGGAGCUGUAUCGUUUCAAUAUAAUUUUGUAAAUUAA